AGGAAACCCACGUCUACACUGUGGAGGACUGUGACGCGUUCCAGAGGAUAUCCAAGGAAUUGACGCAGUCCAUCUGUCUGAGAAUUGAGCAGGAACUUCUAAAUAUUAAGAAAAGGAGUUUAUUUCCACCAAGGUUGCUGACGUUCUCAGAGGUGAUAUCCAGAAGUUUCCGGGCCAGCUGGCUCUCAAACAGCACGAACGUUCUGUCCUACUUGGUGCAGUUCAAAAAUGCAGAAGACCCAAAUGGAGAAUAUGUGUCCAUUUCAGUGCCUGGGGGGUGGGUGUUUGUUUUUCCAUGUGUUUCCUGCAAGACAGGAAGCUGAAGAUCAUGGUCUCGAGUGUGUAUUUCGUCCGCGACGAGACCAUGUCCAGCAUGCGGCUGACCUGGGAUCCGGUGCCAGGCAACGUGCUGCAGUACCGUGUGGCCUAUCAGCCUGUGGUGGGAGGAGAGAGGAAGGAGAUCUCUGUGAAGGGAAACACCCCGGCUGCACUGCUGAAGAACCUGCAGUCGCCACCGAGUACAACCUGUCUGUCACCGCCCGCUACUCCACCGGCCUCAGUGACCCGCUGAUCGGACGAGGGACCACUCUCGAGGCUCUGGCGGGUGCCAAAACUUUGGCUGAGUCUGAGGAGACAGAGAGGAGCAUGAAGGUAACAUGGCAGCCAGCGCCGGGCAAAGUGGUGAGCUACCGGGUGACGUACCGACCCAAGAUGGGAGGGAAACAGCUGGCGGCCAAGGUGCCGGGAAACACCACCUCCACGGUCCUGAAAAAGCUGCAGCCCUUGACCGCUUACGACAUCACGGUGCACCCGAUCUACAAGCGAGGAGAAGGAAAAGCAAGUUUCACCUUUCAAGGGUCCUAGAAACCUCCAGACUUCAGAGCCAACAAACACCAGUUUUCGGGUUAGCUGGGACCCCGCCCCAGGGGAUGUGCGAGGGUAAAAAAGUGACGUUUGACCCCAGCGAGAACGAUGUAGACCUUGGCGAGCUGCUCGUUGGACCAUACGACAACACAGUGGUUCUGGAAGAGCUCAGAGCUGGCACAAAGCUCUCUGUGAAUGUGUUUGGAAUGCCACUGGCUGGAGAGGAGAAGACCACCCUCUCUGACGCACCUGAGCCCCCACCCAUCAAUCUGCCAGAGAUCAAAUGUAAGACCAGUGCCAAAGCAGACAUUAUUCUGCUAGUGGAUGGCUCAUGGAGCAUCGGGCGUCAGAACUUCCAGACCAUCCGUGCGUUCAUUGGUCGCAUGGUGGGCGUCUUCAAUAUUGGCCCGAACCUGGUUCAGAUCGGCUUGGCUCAGUACAGCGGUGACCCCAAGACCGAAUGGCAUCUGAAUGCUUACAAAACCCGUAAGGAAUUGUUGGAUGCUGUGGCCAACCUGCCAUAUAAAGGAGGCAACACAAUGACAGGCCUUGCUUUGAACUACAUCCUCCAGAACAACUUCAGACCCAAUGUGGGACUGCGACCUGACUCUAAAAAGAUUGGUGUGCUUAUCACUGAUGGCAAAUCUCAAGACGAAAUUAUCAAAAACUCUGAAAACCUGCGGAAGGAGGGAAUUGAGCUGUAUGCAGUCGGUGUCAAAAAUGCGGAUGAAGAUGAAUUGAGGUCCAUUGCCUCAGACCCUGAUGAUAUCCACAUGUACAAUGUGGAAGACUUUUCCUUCCUGCAGGACAUUGUGGACGGACUCACCGACAACCUGUGUAACAGUGUCAAAGGUUCAGGUGGCCCGGAGCCACCCACCAACUUGGAGACCUCUGAGGUGACCCACCGCUCCUUCCGCGCCACCUGGACUGCACCAGCAGGGUCCGUGGAGAAGUACCGGCUGGAGUACAUGAUCGCGGUCGGGGGGCCUACUCAUGAGAUGUCUGUCAAUGGAACAGUGACCACUGCGGUCCUCAAUAACCUGAAUCCUCUGACCGAGUACAUUGUCAAAGUUUUCGCCGUCUCUGGGAAUGUGAGCAGUGAGCCAUUGAAAGGCACAGAAACCACCCAAAUCAAAUGUAAGACCAGUGCCAAAGCAGACAUUAUCCUGCUAGUGGAUGGCUCGUCGAGCAUCGGGCGUCUGAACUUCCAGACCAUCCGCGCGUUCAUUGGUCACAUGGUGGGCGUCUUCAAUAUUGGCCCGAACCUGGUUCAGAUCGGCUUGGCUCAGUACAGCGGUGACCCCAAGACCGAGUGGCACCUGAAUGCUUACAAAACCCGUAAGGAAUUGUUGGAUGCUGUGGCCAACCUGCCAUAUAAAGGAGGCAACACAAUGACAGGCCUUGCUUUGAACUACAUCCUUCAGAACAACUUCAGACCCAAUGUGGGACUGCGACCUGACUCUAAAAAGAUUGGUGUGCUUAUCACUGAUGGCAAAUCUCAAGACAGAAUUAUCAAAAACUCUGAAAACCUGCGGAAGGAGGGAAUUGAGCUGUAUGCAGUCGGUGUCAAAAAUGCGGAUGAAGAUGAAUUGAGGUCCAUUGCCUCAGACCCUGAUGAUAUCCACAUGUACAAUGUGGAAGACUUUUCCUUCCUGCAGGACAUUGUGGACGGACUCACCGACAACCUGUGUAACAGUGUCAAAGGUUCAGAGAUCAAAUGUAAGACCAGUGCCAAAGCAGACAUUAUCCUGCUAGUUGAUGGCUCGUGGAGCAUCGGGCGUCAGAACUUCCAGACCAUCCGCACGUUCAUUGGUCGCAUGGUGGGCGUCUUCAAUAUUGGCCCGAACCUGGUUCAGAUCGGCUUGGCUCAGUACAGCGGUGACCCCAAGACCGAGUGGCACCUGAAUGCUUACAAAAGCCGUAAGGAAUUGUUGGAUGCUGUGGCCAACCUGCCAUAUAAAGGAGGCAACACAAUGACAGGCCUUGCUUUGAACUACAUCCUCCAGAACAACUUCAGACCCAAUGUGGGACUGCGACCUGACUCUAAAAAGAUUGGUGUGCUUAUCACUGAUGGCAAAUCUCAAGACGAAAUUAUCAAAAACUCUGAAAACCUGCGGAAGGAGGGAAUUGAGCUGUAUGCAGUCGGUGUCAAACAUGCGGAUGAAGAUGAAUUGAGGUCCAUUGCCUCAGACCCUGAUGAUAUCCACAUGUACAAUGUGGAAGACUUUUCCUUCCUGCAGAACAUUGUGGACGGACUCACCGACAACCUGUGUAACAGUGUCAAAGGUUCAGAGAUCAAAUGUAAGACCAGUGCCAAAGCAGACAUUAUCCUGCUCGUGGAUGGCUCGUGGAGCAUCGGGCGUCAGAACUUCCAGACCAUCCGCACGUUCAUUGGUCGCAUGGUGGGCGUCUUCAAUAUUGGCCCGAACCUGGUUCAAAUCGGCUUGGCUCAGUACAGCGGUGACCCCAAGACCGAGUGGCACCUGAAUGCUUACAAAAGCCGUAAGGAAUUGUUGGAUGCUGUGGCCAACCUGCCAUAUAAAGGAGGCAACACAAUGACAGGCCUUGCUUUGAACUACAUCCUCCAGAACAACUUCAGACCCAAUGUGGGACUGCGACCUGACUCUAAAAAGAUUGGUGUGCUUAUCACUGAUGGCAAAUCUCAAGACGAAAUUAUCAAAAACUCUGAAAACCUGCGGAAUGAGGGAAUUGAGCUGUAUGCAAUCGGUGUCAAAAAUGCGGAUGAAGAUGAAUUGAGGUCCAUUGCCUCAGACCCUGAUGAUAUCCACAUGUACAAUGUGGAAGACUUUUCCUUCCUGCAGGACAUUGUUGACGGACUCACCGGCAACCUGUGUAACAGUGUCAAAAGUUCAGAUGGCCCGGAGCCACCCACCAACUUGGAGACCUCGGAGAUGACCCACCGCUCCUUCCGCGCCACCUGGACUGCACCAGCAGGGUCCGUGGAGACGUACCGGCUGGAGUACAUGAUCGCGGCCGGGGGGCCUACUCAUGAGAUGUCUGUCAAUGAAACAGUGACCACUGCGGUCCUCAAUAACCUGAAUCCUCUGACCGAGUACAUUGUCAAAGUUUUCGCCGUCUCUGGGGAUGUGAGCAGUGAGCCAUUGAAAGGCACAGAAACCACCUUGCCAGUCCCCAGUGCGAGGAACCUGAGGGUGUUUGAUGAAACCACCACCACCAUGAAGGUCAGAUGGGAUGCUGCUGCAGGGGCCACCGGCUACCAGCUGCUUUACCGUGCAGUCAACGCCACUGUUCCCUCAGAGGAGAAGGAGGUGCGAGUCGGGGGAGGAGUGACCGAGGUCCAGCUGGAACAUCUGUUCCCCAACACAUUGUACAGUCUCUCCCUCAUCGCCCUCCACGGAGAAGAGGCCAGCGACCCCACAGUCAUCAAUCAAAGCUGGACAAAAUUAAUGCCCGGUUUUAACACAGUGUAGUGCAACCCAAUCAAAGGAGUCGCUAUUGAUCCACAAAGCUCAAUGCAAUUUCCUGCAGCAUAUCACCCUUCAAUGCUCCCAGCACAAAGCUGGUAUUUGCGCAGUCAAGCUUCAAUUUACAUGUACUGCUUCUAAGGCAAUUCAGAUUUCUGUGAAGAAAGAAGACCAUUAUUUUUAAUGACUCUCACUAAAACUGUAAAUGUUUUUGUACUGUCUCUUGAUUAUAGCUUAAAACACAGACAUUUAUCCUCCUAAAAGCAUCCAGGUUACUAGCUGAUAUUACAUUACAUUAGAUGGCAUUUAGCAGAUGCGCUUAUCCAGAGCGACGUACAACGAAGUGCAGAUCAAACACAAGUACAAGUGUGAAGAGGACCUGAGAGGACAGUACAGUUCCGAGUCCUAGUGUAAACAUACAGAUAAUCAGAACCCUUGAAGAAUACAACUUCCAAACUAGCAUACCACAGUUGGCAGCUAGAAUACCCUGAGUACAACAAUACAAUAGCUAAUAAAAAAACAACAAUAUCUAUACAA